AUGCCCUCUUUUCCCCCUCUUCCUUUUUCUCACGUUCUUAUCUCCUUCCUCUCCUUUUUUACACCUUCUUUUCCCCACCUCCUUUUUCUACCUUUCUUACUGCCUUCCUUUCCUCUUUCACGCCCUCUUUCCCCCUCUUCCUUUUUCUCCCGUUCUUAUCUCCUUCCUCUUCUCUUUCACAUCUUCAUUUCCGCACUUCCUUUCUCUCACUUUCUUACUGCCUACCUUUCUUCUUUCACAAUCUCCUUUCCCCUCUUUCUCUUUCUUACCUCUUACAUUUCCUCUUUCACAGAUCUUUUUUCCAUUAUUUUCUCACCUCCCACUUUUCUUCUUUCACACCUUCUUUUCUCUUCCUUUUUCUCACGUUCUUAUCUCCUUCCUCUUCACUUUCACACCUUCUUUUCCCCACCUCCUUUCUCUCACUUUAUUACCUCCUACCUUUCCUCUUUCACACCCUCUUUUCUUCUCUUUCUCUUUCUCAUCUCUUACCUUUCUUCUUUCACAGAUCUAUUUUUUAUCAUUUCCUUACCUCCCACUUUUCCUCUUUCACACCCUCUUUUCUCCACCUUCCUCUUUCUUACCUGUGUUAUAUAG